AUGCUCCGACAGCCACCUGCCGUGCUGGUACAGCGACACGGAAAUGGAUGUUUCCGUAGGCUGAGACAGUAUUGCCAAUUGCGCUGCUAUACUGCAGCUCCUAUAGCUCGUAUCGCUUCUUCCGCCGUCCGUCGCAACAUACCAUUGACCGCGAACGUCUCUCGAGCUCCCCGCUCAACCCGCAGUCUCUCCAUCCUUUCGUCUUUGCCACCCAUGCUUGUUCCUCCGGUCGUCCUUAUGGGAUUGACAGUGACACUCUGGCUAUACAAAUGCGCUAUGAUGGUAGUCUUCCAGAACAAGAUAAUAUAUAUGCCGUCUAUGCCACCCUUUUCAAGGCAGGAGAAGAUAGCCACUUACGAGAAGGUUUGCAGGCCAGUCAUCUGGGAAGAGCAGAGGAUAAAUUCCCUGGACGGAGUGGAGAUUGCCUUGUGCGUUGGACAGAAUGUAGCAAUAAUGACGGGCAAGAAGGAAGAAAAGCAGGUGAAGGGCCCGGAGGGAGAGGUCGUUAUACUGUAUUUCCAGGGAGGAUUUUGGACUUCUCGUGGUCGAGCGUCCCAGCGUGGAAUUGAGCGGGAUGCCGUUGCUGCCCUAAACUGGGCCCGGAAGACAUACCUCCGUCCAAACACCCGGCUUGUCCUUUGGGGCCAAAGCAUAGGGGCAGGGGUGGCCACUUUUCUUGCAGCAUCACACCACCGACAACAUGACUGCUUGGGGCGGUCAGAACCACCGGCCUUGAUACUCGAGACGCCAUUUGUGAGUGUACGGUCGAUGCUGCUCGCUCUUUACCCACAGCGUUGGUUGCCGUAUCGAUAUCUCGGCCCGUUCCUACGAAAUUGGUGGGACUCGGAGGAAGCUCUACGCUCGAUAUCUACUACUACUACUACUACUACUACUACUACUACUACUACUACUAGGCCAAACGGGACAGACAGGAGAAAGGUCCUCGUCGUUUCAGCGGAAAAGGACGAGCUGGUCCCUUCUGAACAAGCGGAUGCCAUAGAAAAACUGUGCAUUGAGGGUGGGAUGGACGUAUCCCGAACAAGGGUUCGAGGCGCAUUGCAUACUGAAGCUACAUUUCGAGGUGACGGGAGAAACGCAGUGGUGAGCUUUUUGAAACGACUAUAA